ACGUCGCUCGGAAAUGGGACAUUACAAGUGGUCGGGAAGAGGAGUCGAAAGUUUGUGAAAGAUAGUUUGUUGUCUUUAAAAAUUUCACAGUCAAAUAGGAUACAUAUAGUCUAAUACUAUAUUGGAGGUGUUGACAUAGUGCGAAUGUACCUUUUUGAUUCGGUUGUUCGUUCUAAGGAAGCGGUCGGUUGCGAGAUAAAUGGUCAAGAAGUUUUGUCGAAUUGAACAGACAAACCACCACGGAAGGGUUUGAAUAUUUCACAUUUCCGUAGGUAGAAACGUUGAAGAAAUGACGAAUAGAGAAGACGAAUAUGACUAUCUUUUCAAAGUGGUGCUGAUUGGGGACUCUGGAGUGGGGAAGAGUAACCUGCUGUCCCGCUUCACCCGCAACGAGUUCAACCUGGAGAGCAAGAGCACCAUUGGGGUGGAGUUUGCCACGCGCAGCAUCCAUGUGGAGGGCAAGACCGUCAAGGCCCAGAUCUGGGACACUGCAGGACAGGAGCGCUACAGAGCCAUCACCUCAGCGUACUACCGUGGGGCAGUGGGGGCUCUGCUGGUGUACGACAUCGCCAAGCACCUGACGUAUGAAAACGCUGAACGCUGGCUGAAGGAGCUGCAGGACCACGCUGACAGCAACAUUGUCAUCAUGCUGGUGGGAAACAAGAGUGACCUGCGCCACCUCAGGGCCGUGCCCACGGAUGAGGCCAAGGCCUUGGCAGAGAAGCAUGGACUGUCUUUCCUGGAGACCUCAGCGUUAGACUCCUCUAAUGUGGAGCUGGCUUUCCAGACUAUUCUCACAGCCAUCUACAACAUUGUGUCCCAGAGGCAAAUGACGGGCCGCAGCGACGCCGACUUCUCGCCCAACUCCAAUGUGGUGCCGAUCACGGUGCAGCCCACGCAGAACGCUGCCAAGUCGAGUGCCUGCUGCCAGAACAACUGAGGCCUCACCACCGCCAGGGAGAGUCAGGGACAGACGGGUAGACGGGGAGGGAGGACUGGGAGACGAGGAGAAACCUAGAGACAAGGAUACAGGCAGACAGAAACAAGUCGAGAGAUACACAGGGAGGCAGAAGGACAGGGAGACCAAGGGGGGAAACCAAGUGUUUCCAUAGCCUCUAUGCAUUGUUUCAUCUGAGAAGUCUGUCCCCAUCUAAUUCAAUAAGCUUUAUGGUUACGCCUUGGCUUGAUUGGUUUUAAAUAUGAAAGAGGACACGAAUUGAAUUAAUUUACAUGAAUUGAGAAAUUUAGCAUGUUAGGGUAUGGUCUGCCAUAUCUUUCCACAGUUUUUCUCACUCAUUGUGAACUGACCACCCCCCCUCAAUUUAAUAAGCCUGUGAACACACCCAAUUCCCCAGCACAGAAAAAUGGCAAUAAGAUUGUUGAAGUGUAACCCCCCCCUCCAUUGUCAGGCAGCUCCUCCCAAACGUAUUUGAGUUUGUCCCAAUGAUAUUUAUUUAACACUAUAUUGAGGUCUUGUUUGACCAAAGGGUUUGAUGUGAAGCUGCUUCUAUAUAUGACGGGUGUCCUCUAUUUUUGUUCUUGAUUUCACUGGUAAUCAAAUCUUUUUAUGAUGGAGUUAUUAAAUGUAACUACUCUUGGCUAAUGGGGAAACGAAGAGUUAAGCCAUCUCAUCCCAAAUGUACCUGGUUGAAUUUCAGGCCAAUCUAAACUGCACAAACUUUUCAUGUCCAUUUUAUCAAUGCUCUUUGACUUCCCUUUUAUUCUUUACACAGGAUAAAGUUUGCUCUUCAAGAUUUUUUUUGUGAUCAACAUUUUCCUCCUCCCUGUUGAAACCCAUUACAAAGUACUUUGUGCACAGCAAUAUUUCUCAGUCUUUUUUGCUAACAAAGCAGUCUUGCUCUUUUGGGUGUUAUCCUUUAUCACCGUGAACCAUCCUUUUCCGGUUUAACUGAAUUGCUGUCGCUUUCUCUGUGACUGUGGAGAUAUGGGAGGGUGAUAAGGGGAUAUUGGUUGGAGUGGUGGUCAUAUACCAUGGUCUCUGAGUGGUGCCCUCCCUGCUGUCCUAGAUGGAUGGACAGCUCAUGUUGCAAGAGAUGGGUAGUAAGGGCACUCAGCCUUGCCCGCUGCUGCAUCUCUGAUGUACACAAGACGGCUUGUUUUACUGUAAAUGAACUCCAUUGGCCCCCCCUCCACCCCUUAUCCACUGUAUGUAACUGGAACUGUAUCAUGCCUUCUGGGAUAUCCCGUAAGAGUUUCCCAGGUCACUUUUUUAUGGUUAUAUUUUCUCUUUGUUCUGGGUGUGUGUAGUUCUGUCAGUAGGUUGGUAAGAGUUAUCACUUGGGAGGAUACUAGCCCUUAUAGAUCUGCUAGUUUGGCAAAAGAGGGGAGGUGUGGGGAAAGUUUCAGGGUGCCACUACCACAGCCGAAGGUCAACAGUGUAAACAGUCAUUAUCCUGCUGAGGUUUUUUUCCUGUGGCAUUCCCAAUAGUAAAUUGGGUGGUAAAGGUUAGGUUUUUAAAAUGUUAAUUCUCAUGUGUCUUUAGAUUGCAUAUGUAUAAAUAAAUGUAAUUUCUUAA